AUAGAGGCGAAGUGGUUUGACGGGCAGUCGAGGUUGCAGCAGGCAGAGGGAGACGGUGGAAGGUAAGCAGGGAGGCAGCAUCAUGGCGGACAGAGACAGUGGCAGUGACCACGGAGGGCCCACCGCAGGCCCUGGCUCGCUGCCUCCGGGUACGAUGGGCGCAGCAUCUCGACUGCAGCACGACACGGAAGAGCUCGCAUCUAAGCGCGUCGACAUUCAGAACAAGCGCUUCUAUCUAGACGUGAAGCAGAAUGCGAAAGGCCGCUUCCUAAAGAUAGCCGAGGUCGGAGCUGGGGGAAAUAAGAGCCGCCUCACUCUCUCUAUGUCAGUGGCCGUUGAAUUCCGCGAUUAUCUCGGGGAUUUCAUCGAACAUUACGCCCAGCUGGGCCCAAGCAACCCUGACAUUGUGCAGGACGAGCCCCGGCGGGCGCUCAAGAGUGAAUUUCUGGUGCGAGAGAAUCGGAAAUAUUACAUGGAUCUGAAAGAGAACCAGAGGGGGCGGUUCCUUAGGAUCCGUCAGACCGUUAAUCGGGGGCCCGGAUUGGGAAGCGCACAAGGCCAGACCAUCGCGUUACCAGCGCAGGGACUCAUUGAGUUCCGCGACGCUUUGGCCAAACUCAUCGAUGACUACGGCGUGGACGAGGAACCGGCAGAGCUACCCGAAGGCACCUCCUUGACGGUCGACAACAAGCGUUUCUUCUUCGACGUGGGCUCCAAUAAGUACGGAGUCUUCAUGCGGGUCAGCGAGGUGAAACCUACGUACCGGAACUCCAUCACGGUUCCGUGCAAAGUAUGGUCCAAAUUCGGCAACACGUUCUGUAAAUAUGCGGAGGAGAUGAGGAAGAUUCAGGAGCGGAGUAGAGAAAAACGAGCAUCCGAAAUGCUACCAGAAGGCCCGCACGGCGACGAAGGAGAGGAUGAUUGACUGAUAGGAUUAAAGCAAAAAAAAGAGAAGAAAGAAAAUGCAUACAUAACAAGAACUGACUUAAAAAUCUGACUUUUACUGUAAAAUAGAAUGAAAGAAUUCCAAGGGAAUCACCCCCGACACAAUCUCCACACUACACAGACUGGCAGUAUUCAAACCUCGCUCAUACUGGAUGUCACCCAACCAUUUUAACAGUAAGCCGCUGCUAUCAGUAACUGUUUGAACUGUAACAUAUGAACUGUUUCCUACUUGAUUUAAAUGACAAUGAACAGAGUGUUUAUAUCUCUAUAAGAAACUUCAGAUUUUGCACACGUCAAAGUUAUUUCGAAAAAUCUUUUCAAAGUGCAAAUAGAUAUAAAUCAGAGGGUAUGUGGAAAAUGACGGUCUUUAUGUAAACCAACAUUUGACAUCAGCACAAAGAGAAUAUAGCUUAUAUUACGGAGUUAACGAAACCAAAAUUUGAGACCAGAUAUUUUAGGGCCUAGUUAAGGUACGCAGAAUAAAAAUGAAAGCGCUCUCCAUUUAAGUGUAUGAAUUGCAGCAACGCACAGGCUGUAACCACCUGCCAGUAUGCGUAGGCUAUACAGUAUAUCUCUUUUUUAAAGACAGUAGACCAAGUAGUCUUUAAUUUGGUAAAAAAAAAAAAAAUGUUGUGAUGAAAGCGUUUUUAACAUGUCAUAGCCUACAUUAUGGAAAGACACAUGGUUAAUAUGCCUAGUUUUGCGCUUCAAGAAAUGAGAUAAAUUAAUCUCUAUUAUUGAAAAUCAACCCUGCACCAUGUCCAUCAAAACUUGGACCGAUGGUUAAAUGAAAAAGUGCUAACUUAGAUGUACUAAUUAUGAUUUUGUGAAUCAGCUGUAUUUAAAUCCUUAUAAGAUGCCCACGUUUUCUGUGGGUGAGUUUUCAUUUCGGGAGAGGGAGGGGGGUUAUGGGGUUGGGGCGGGGGGGGUACCAAAAGAUGUUCACCUGUGGGAGCGCUAGGCGCGCGUAAAAAAAACAACAAAACAAAACAAAAAAGACGCAGCGCGCGCGGCUGCAUGUUGAGCCGCGAAGCGCAUCCUCUCUGACGUCAGAACAACCUGGUGCCUUAUACACUCCACUCGUUUACGUGUUUCACAUGGUCGGUGACCUCGACCACCGUAUGUUUUCAUUUGCGAGUGCUGAAUGGCCAGGCUACCUCUAAUGGUAGUGAUAUCUUUGACAACACCAAAAAAAGCCAAAAUCUGGGAGGCUUCCUGGAGUUGAGCUGUCUUCCCUUGAUUAGGUGAGGGAAGGAUGGCCUCCAACACAGCAGGUGGCAGCACUAAAUGUGAGCAUGGAAUAGUCCAUCUUAACAGAGGGGGUUUGCACAUACCAUGUAUAAACAAGACAGGUUGGACGUUUAAAUGGAUGCGCUUGAUAAGAGCCAGCCCCAUGCAGUGUGAAGCUUAGUGGAUGUAGGCCCAAGGCCAAGGCAGUAUCUCUCUAUGGUGCUACAGGCCCUGAUCUUCCUGGGGCUCGCCGCUCGGAUUCCUCACUUUGCAGUCUAUUUGAUUUCCUCAAAGUUCCUCCACAUUACAGUGUCCUAUAGAGGUGCCCUGAACCCUCACACAGAGGGGUCGACCACCGGCACAUAGGACGUUUCAUACUAGUGUGCAAUAUUGUACGUGCCAAUCGUGGCAUUGUAUGUGUACAGACAUAAAAAGACAGAAAUGUAUAUGUGAUCGCUAUUUGAAAGCAUGAUGAGGUUGAACUCUGCAUAAUUCUUGCAUUAAUAUUACUGAAAUGUGAAGUCUUUCUCUGCACCUACUCCAAGUGAAAAGAUGUCCGACUAGUGAGAGUUCCUGUCAGUCACUUCUGUGCAAGUGGGCUCACCCUUGUGUCUGUUGAGUGUAGGCUAGCUCGGGUGUUCUCUGUCUCCCCUAUGUGGACUAAACAUGACGACAUUUAUUCACGGUACAGCCAUCCAUCCACUCAGCCACCUUACCCCAUUGCCCCACCACAAUGUUGCUUGGAAGAAGGGUGCACACCCAGUACCUUGUGGUGCAUGGGUUUGCUGCCUGUUGGUCACUCAAGUUCAGCCACAUUCACAGCCUGUUGCAUCACAGUGACACAUUGAUGAAUAUGUACAUUUGGUGAUAAGGUAAAGUCACCCCUUACUCCCUGAUCCAAGUUCAGCUGACCUUCUCCCAAAUCCCCACCGAAGUGGUUAAAGAGUAGAAAAAAACACAAAACUUAUCAUAGAUAAGCCUCUUGGGAGGUCAAAACUGCAGACUCCGUCUGGGGACAGUCUAGUUCCAUCUAUGACCCAUCUCUGCUCUCCAUCACAUCCUCCGGUCAAAACUCCUCCAGUUAGAGUUAGGUUUAGUUUAAAGGAUUAUUUCAAAGCGUUGAUUAACAAUCAAUCAGCCAGGUGGUUAACUAUCAGCUUUAUUUAAAGCAUCCCAGGCAGCCUGGGCACAGAUUAGCUUAACCUAAAACCUCAGAGAGAGAGAUUGAGAAACUUGGCUCAUAGAGACACCUAGCAGCCUUCGAAAAGAAAAAGUACAGGCAGUGUUAUCCCAGUCUGGUGGUGCCAGCACUCAGGAGGUGGUAGAUGCUAAGUCUAAAUGCCCUCCGUGUCAGUGAAAUAGCAAGAUCAAACCUGGUACUACAAGGGCUACCAACACAGCCUGCCCCAUGCCAGACUGUUGAAGAAGUACAGACGCUCUGUGUUGACUUUUUUGAAAACGAAAUAUUCCUAAACACUGCCCCAGUUAUCUCGCCAUUUUUUUUAGACGUGCUGCAAAUUUAACUCUAAGCCUUCAGCAUUGUGGCCCCUUAAAAGAAGAGUCCAGCAUUUACAACUUUUUCCAUUUCAGCCAUGUAAGAUUGAUGAAAGUUUGGCCUUUGAUGUGAGACAUAAAAACAAAAAAUACAUGGAAAUUUAAGACUAAUUUUUCACUCUCACAGCCAAAAUCUAAUGAGAGCCUAAAUCAAAUCCUACAACUCACCCUCUAGAUCUGAAUGCCUCGCUCUACAAUACGCACACAUUUAAAUAUUUUACAGUUAAAGAAGAAAGUUUUUUCCUGCAUUAUUUUGGCAGUUCAUAUGGUGCUAAUGGGUCAGUCCUGGAGUGGAGUAGUUCUACUUCACAACAGUGCAGUCUGUUGUGGUGCACAUUGUCGGGUCUGAACCUGGCCUGCAAGUCAAAGCGGAUGACGCGGCCAUGUUGCUUGCAUUGCACAGUAAUCAAUGGGACUCAAUAUGGUGUCCAGGUGGUGGGGUCAUCGCUCUUGUUAUCUAAACAGUUGGUGACUGAACUUUUCCGGCAGGGCUAGUUCAGUGUAUGUAGGAGUGCUCAAUAGCUGUUUGCUGUUUGAGGAGAAAAAGAAAGUUUUUGAAUUUAUGGCCUACUAGAGGUGCUUCUUUAACCUGUUUAUACCCGUGGGAAUGUGUAUUUCUGACCACAGUGACAGCUGUAUGAACAUACUAAACCCCUCGACCAAUCUCUUGGGGGGAGGGGGGCGGGGGGGGGGGUUAUCUCUGUCACUGUAAAAUUCCAGAACAGAUUUACCUUCCAUUUUUAUCUUAUCAAGGUGUUAGAGACCUACAAAUCUGUUUCAGUUUAAUUUAAAAAAAAACUAUUGGGGUUCAGUGUUCGAUGUGUUGCAGCAUUUCAUCGGCUCUUCAGAGUCACACAGACAGAGCCAACCACAGCCUCCGUUUGGAACGAACCGCUGUGACUCAUCAUGAGCGUUGCUAGCUCACCACACCAUUCUGUUUGCACAUUAUCCUACCCGAUACCGAGUCCAUCGUGUUUGCAGACUACAUAGGCAACUGAUGUGUACAGAUUUAAUAGUCAUAGGGGAGGGGUCAAUGCACAAUGAACACAAUGAACAUAUCCCAUGUCACCAUUAGGUCAAAGCCCAUUACCAUCCCCACAUGAGAUAUGUUGUACCUUUCAAAAUAUUUUAACUGUGGUGUGUGUGUGUGUAUAUAUAUAUGGUUUGUUAUAUAUGAUGAUCCUCCUUUCAGAAAAAUAUAACAUAAAUAGGAAAAACAUUGCUGUUUUUUUUCCUUUGUAUUUUAUACUUACAGAAAGCAUUGAAUAAAAAUGGAUAAAUACUUGCACUUUAGAUAUAUUAAGAAAAUUUAAUCUGCAUAUUAUUUUUGAUAGGGAUCUCACAUUCAAAGAGUAUAAAUUACUUUCCAGGCUUUGUGACUAUUGCUGGACAGAGAUGUGAUGAGUUCAUCUUCUUAUUGAAGUAUAUUUUGUCUGUGUUUCAGAAGGUUUACUAAAGUAAAUUGCAUGAUAAAAGUAGUGCUACACCAAUAUUGUUAUUUUUAGUUGGUAAAAUAUGUCUGAAAACUGUGAUAACAAUCCUCCUGUACCAUGUUUAACUUCUCCCACCCCUUUCUAGAGUAUUUCUUAACUGAAUUAUGGCCUUUCCUGACUCCAUGAAGAUGGUGCUUAAUUUGGCUUUAACAUCUAUCUUCUCAACUGACUUCCUGACGUCACCAUACCUUGCAUCUUACUGUAUACUUCAUUACUUUAUGUUUAUGUACUUUCACUACCUUAUUAAAUUUCUGUUGAUGGCAAACUGUGUGCUGUUUUGUACCUUGUUGUUUUAAUGUUGGAAAGCCUAUUGUCGUCUGAAAAAUGACUAAUUGCAAUAAAAAGUCAUUCCUCA